AUGGUGUCUACAAGAAGCGUGCGAUAUAAGUUCAGUGAGGGUGAGCGGGUAUUGUGUUAUGAACCUGAUCCAACUAAAGCAAAAGUGUUGUAUGAUUCCAAGGUUUUAGAAGUAAUAGAAAAUAAAGAUAAACGUGGGAAAAGAAAUGUGGAAUAUUUAAUCCACUUUCAAGGAUGGAAUUCAUCCUGGGAUAGAUGUGUGAGUGAAGACUUUGUCCUUAAAGAUACAGAAGAGAAUAGGCAAUUGCAAAGGGAUCUUGCCGAGAAAUCACAGUUACAAUUGGGAGCAUAUUUAUAUAGAAGAGAACGUAAAAAAGGUAGCACCUCAUCAGCUGGUACUGGGACAGCUAAAAGAGUUCGCCAUGGAUUUAGUGAUGAUGGUUCCUCAAGUAGUACUCAACCUGAUGAUGGUGAAACAGCCGCAGACACUGACACAUCAUCGGGUUCAGGUUCAAGUGCUCAGCAACAGCCUUCUUCAACAAAUCAGUCAGUGUCCAGAGCACAAAUUGCAAUACCACCUACACUCAGAGAUCGCCUCACACUGGACUACCACUUGGUGGUAAAACGUGGUAAGGUGGCACGUUUACCGGCUUCUCCAAGUGCUGCUGAAAUACUGGAGUCAGUAGUAAAAUGGUUCGGCAGAGCCGGUGCCUGGAACCCGCCUAGGGGCAAGCAUGAACCACUGCAGAAGCCGGAUAUUUUGGAAGUUUCAGCCAGAUUGAAUCUAGUUCGAGAAGUGGCGGACGGUUUGCGUGUAUAUUUUGACUUUAUAUUCCGAGGUCACAUGCUCUACAAACAAGAAUAUCCACAGUAUCAGGAAAUGUGUGGACAGUAUAAUAAUUUUCCAACAAGCGUAAACACAGAAGAAGACCAGGAAAACCAAUCACCUGAUGAAGAAGAGAAAGAUAUGAAGAGUCCUCUUCAAGAAUACGCCCAUCUACCACCGGACCCUGAAGACGAUGAACCAUUAGUAAAAAGAGAAAGACCCGAAAAAAGAAUAAUAAAAACAGAGAUAAAAGUAGAACAGAUAGAAGAUAACGAAAUAGAGGCGGGACCUUCGCAAAUUAAUGAGAGAGUUAAAAUAGAAAGGACGGAAGAAAUUAAUGAGAAAAUAGAAGUUAAAUCUCACAUUGAAACGUAUAAAUGCGAUAAAGUAGAUAAAAUUGAGAAAGAGAAGAAUGGUGAUUCCAAGCCGUUGGCUGUUGCUCGAAGACUGCGUUCACAUAAGUCAGCUGUGUCGCAAUCGGAAAGUGAAGAUACGAAUGUUGUGCCUACUGCCACUGAACCAAAGGUCUUUGAAACGCACUCUUCAAGUGUGGGCAGUAGCGGGUCAUCGACUAGCGAGUACCGGGAAGAAGCCGAUCGCGUGAACUCGUAUCGACCGUACACGAGGACCCCGCUAUCCACUCUCAUGGAUAAGGUAGCAAAAUUCGAAUUAAUACCACGAGAAGGCACGGAACAUUUGCCAUGUAGAAUAUAUGGAGCUAUACAUUUGGCAAGGCUAUUUGUAAUAUUACCAAUUUAUCUAAAUGCCACCCAGAUGCCAGAUAUGAAGCUGAAAUUAAUUUUGAAAUACGUCGAUAUAUUUGUACAAUACCUGGAUGAUCACAGCGAAUGGUUUGGAGAGAACUUUUAUGUUCCUAACGAUUUUAAUACUAGUUAA